AUGAUAACCGCACAGCGGUCCUCGACGCUGACGGGAACUUUUUUGCCAGGGGCAAUGGAAGCCCUUGGGGCAGAGAACGACGUCAACAUCGCGAAGAUUGCCUGGCUCAGCAGGAAGGACACCGGCAAGGCUUACGGCUCGAUGGCCGUCUACGUGACGAAGGGUAGCGAGGCAAGGCGACUUCUAGACGGGCACUACUUCCAUCUAGCCGGAGAAUCCGCCUACACGACCGUGUUCGCGCCCCGGGAGGGCCCAACCCAAUGCUACAGAUGCCAAGAGAUGGGCCACAAGGCCUUCGCAUGCAAGAAGCCGCAGGUAUGUGGAAGGUGUGCGGAACAGCGUCAUCACCACAAGACCUAUCAUUCCGCAGUCCUGAAGUGUAUGCUUUUCAGAGGACCGCACGAAUCAUUCAGCAAGAACUUUCGGACACGAUGGCCGAUUCGGAGUAUGUUAUGGGUACGAAGCGAUGUGGAGGCCGAGCAAAUUCCAGUGCCGUCGGCAGACCUCACCGCAGCGCAGAUCCGACUCCCAGACCGGGUGGUGCUGGUGGUGCCAGUCUACGUGGAGGGAGGCAGCGACGAAGCACUGGAAGUGGCGAUGAGAGAGCUCAACCGGCUGAUUAGGAGGUUCCGAAACGGAACGGGAAAUAGGACGGACAUCAUUCUGGCGGGCGAUUUCAACCGCCACGACCAGCUCUGGGGUGGAGACGACGUGUCACCACUGAGGCAAGGCGAGGGAGAGCGCAUCAUCAACCUCAUGGACGAACACUCCCUUUGCAGCCUCCUCCCAAGAGGCACGAAAACAUGGCAGUCAGGGGACGCAGAAAGUACGAUCGACCUGGUACUGGCCUCAGCGGAAUUAAUAGAGCAACUACUCAAGUGCCGGAUCCACCCGUGCGACCAUGGAUCUGACCAUAGAGCGAUCGAGACGACAUUCGACAUCGCAGGAGAAGACCGCCAAACCGAGACGAGGUUGCUCUUCAAGGACGCGCCCUGGGCAGAAAUCAGGAACAGGGUGGCAGCGAACCUCGAGCAUACCCCCCAGGGUGGCAGCGUCCAGCAGCAAACGGACCGGCUCAUGACGGCGGUAACCGAAGCGGUCUUCGGCCUGACGCCCAAAGCCAAGCCAUGA